UACUGACUACUGACAUUCAGUCUGUCGUAACGUGGCGGCGCUGCGCUCGUGUGCCGCAGGAGUGGCCUGCUGUCAGUUUAAGUAGUUUUCUGUGAUAAGAAAUACUGUGAAAUUAUAGUUUAGUUAAAUAAUUUAAUAAAAUAUAUCACGAUGUCGGCGUCUGGUGAAUUCGGUAACCCUUUACGCAAGUUUAAAUUGGUCUUUCUAGGGGAACAGAGCGUGGGAAAAACGUCUUUGAUCACAAGGUUCAUGUAUGAUAGUUUUGACAACACAUACCAGGCAACAAUUGGGAUAGACUUCCUAUCAAAAACAAUGUAUUUGGAGGAUCGCACAGUUCGCCUGCAAUUAUGGGAUACAGCAGGACAAGAGAGAUUCCGUUCACUCAUUCCUUCAUAUAUAAGAGAUUCGACUGUGGCUGUUGUUGUUUAUGAUAUUACAAAUGCAAAUUCAUUCCACCAAACAUCGAAAUGGAUAGACGAUGUGCGCACAGAGCGUGGCUCUGAUGUGAUUAUAAUGCUGGUGGGGAACAAGACUGAUCUGUCUGAUAAAAGACAGGUCUCCACCGAGGAAGGGGACAGGAAGGCGAAGGAACUCAACGUUAUGUUUAUAGAAACCAGUGCUAAGGCUGGGUAUAAUGUUAAACAGUUGUUCCGACGGGUUGCGGCUGCCCUUCCCGGCAUGGACUCUGCUGAGAGCAAGCCACCUGAAGACACUGUGGACCUACAGACCCAGUCCCCAAUGGGCUCCGAGCAAGAGGGCAACGAGAGUGGGUGCGUUUGUUGAACGGCUUAAAGUGCCUACUUUAUAUCUUUUUAUGUGCCCCGCUUAGAUGUGAUCCAAUAUGUGUCGAGCGCACAAUUUUACGUUUAUUACGAAUAGUUUAAGCAAAAGUUUAAUUUACGUUUUCCACAUUAGAACAGCAUCUUCAGCAAAAGCUUCUCCAUGGCUUAACACAAACUUAGCUUGCGUCUACAUACGCGUGCUAAAUACGCUCUGGGGACGCAUUUUAUUAAAAAAAAUUGAAUUUACAUUUACUACUUGAUUUUACGUAUACGUAUAGGUCGUGCUAAGGGUGCAGAUUUAUCAGUGUUGUACACUAACGAACCGUAUAUGAUAAAAUACGAGACGUAAAUGGUUUCGAAAGUGUCGAAUCAUUAUAUUUAAAAGAAUCAUAUGUUCUUCUGUGGAAUACGUAAAAACCUUGCUAAAUAGAGCUUUUCUUGUGGAAAAGAAUGACAUCUUGAACUUAAUGCUUCCGAUUUUGAAAAGCUCUAUUUAGGUAAAAUAAUUUAUGUGCCUAAAUUUGUCAAUGCGUUACGUUUGUAUGGCGCUAAGUUGCGAUGCACUAGGCAAUUUAAACUCUGUUCUUCGUUCGUCAGACUUAAGGUACUUUAGGGUUUCUUUUCUUUACCAAUUGACUGUAAUCAAUUGAUUUUAAUAAGUGAAAAUUACAAGCUUAUGAUGUUAUAACGUCGGGCGGACUAAAGCUCAGUUGUGAUAGAAUGAAUUUAUGUAUUGGAUUGUUGACUGAUAUUGCAUAGAAUUUCUUUUAAAUAAACUGGCUUUUGACGGCUCUAUAAUUUCUAAUAUAGAAACAGGAAAAUGUCAAAAUCUGUGUCAACUAUUCGUAUGAAAAGUUUAUUUAAUAUUGUGGAAAUCUAAAUAAAUUUGACAGGAAUGGUAUUAAUGCAAACAACUCUUGAUAGAUUUUUCUUUUUUAUCGAUUAAACAAUUGAUAUCUACUGUUUCUGUCUGUCUUCAUAGCUUAAUUAGUAUUGUUAAAAAAAUGGCGGAUCAGAAAGAAAAGAAACAAAACAUUUAUUCUUAGUUUAGCUAUUGGAGAGUGAGACGUGUUCAGCUAUUCAGACAAUGAUAAUCAGUUUGGAGGGAAAGGUUCAAGGUCUUACUCUUAAUGGAUUUAUCGGACUUUAAACAACGUAUUUAACUUAGCGUCUAUUGCAAACGAGGUCUGUUUUCCGACGUAAUAUGACUGUACUGCGAUAGUUCUUAUAAUAAUUGGUCCGCCUGGCCAUCGCAAUCUGUGCAUAGUUGAUUUGCUUCAACGAUCUCUCUUAUAUUAUCUAGAUUAAUAGGCAUUUUCUUCUAUUAGAUUUAUAUUUAAGCACAACUAGUGGAUUUAUUUAUUUAGGAAACUGUUAAGUAGCGAUUUUCGACUUCAAUUUAGCUCACACUGCCGUAAAUAAAUUUGGAAUUCAUGUUAUUCGACCUAAACGCAGACUACGCCUAAUGUCUAGCUAAAAAAAACAUUAACAUUUCGUUACCAUGGUAACAAUAUUUGAAAUUUACAUUUUGUAGAUUUAGGUUCUGUUUCACAAUCUAUGGUUAAAGUGCCAAAUAGCUAUGCAACACAUAAAUUAUUUGGAAGAUAAAUUGUGCUAUUUGACACUUUAUCGGACUCAUAACUUAUGAUGGACUUUAUGUGACGAAUAGCGCUAUCUGCCAGUCGUGAAACGCAACAGUAGUGUUUAUCCUACCAAUAAGUAAUAAAUAGCUAAUUUGGAACUUAUGUAGAACUUAUCCGUACAUUGUGAAACAGACCCUUAGUAAGAAUAAUGACUCCCGCAAGCUAAGAUGCAAUACGUUUUUGAUAUACGGAAAUCACAUAUUCAACGAUAUGCAAUGCGGAUACUUACUAGAAGUGAGUGAGACUGUUCAUAGCAGAACUGACCGAUCCGAACAAUCUCUCAUUCCCCGCUCUCGCAGCUUAAGUUCCUCGACCGGAGAGCGACCUUUUUGUGAAGCGUAUGAGGGUAAUACUGUGAUUAAAAACGUAUUAAGAAAAUAUUGUUGCCAUGGUUACGAUGUAUUUGUUCUAUAGAUUUAAAAAAUAUUAAGCUGUAAGUCUAUUAUACUUAUUUUACGUAAGAAUUUUUAGUUUGAUGGUAAAUGGACUGGAAAUUGAUACAACGAUUUGUUUAAAUGGCUUAUGAAAUGUAAAAAUUUGUAUUCAUUAAUUUCCACUUCAUAAAUUGCGAUUGGUACGAAGAUCUAUUUAAUGGACUGGCGGGUGUCUGCGUUGAUGGUUUUAGUGUAAUAGUAUCGAUACGUUUUAUAGUAUUUUGUAUGCAAUUGUUAGUGUAACGUUUUGUACGAAACGUGCUUAGCUUUCAUCAAUAGAUAUUGUUUUUUUCGUAAUUAUUCAAUACUAGCAUAAUGUUCUGGAUAAUAAAUGCAUUUUAAAUA